AGACUCUUCUCAGGGCACAGUCGCCCGCCACACAGAGGGAGAGUGUCGGACUUCCUGGUUGGCUCUGCGCUGUGUUGUCCUGUUCCCCGCAAAGCUUUCUGGAUCUAAGAGGCGGAAGCACCAGAAUAGUUGGGUAUCGGCCUGUUUUAAAAAGGGCUCGGUCCGUCUUUGUUGUGUUUAGCACACUUAGCAUAAUUUCGGCGAAUUAACAAAUCGUCGAAACCGAGGCAGCAGUGAAAGCUGGAGCGGUGCCGCGCAGCUGUGGAGAGCUGCUGCCCGAGGAUCAGUGAGGUUAGCUGGGAUAGAGCUAACUGACAGAGCGGCGGAUGAGACGGUCUGGAGCGUUUUAAUUCACUACGACCAGAAACUACACCAGGACUUCAAGAAACUUUUGAGACGCCAGGAGAGGGCGAGUAUGCGGCCUGAGUCGUUGUAGGAUGAAGAGCCCGGCGCACCGCACCAGGGACAUCGAGCGGCAAGCCGGAUACCUGAAGCCCGAGCACUGCGCCCCUCCUCCACCCCGCACGGGCUCCGGCACCAUGUGGUUCAUCCGCGACGGCUGUGGCAUCGUGUGUGGCGUCAUCACCUGGCUCCUGGUCUUCUACGCCGAGUUUGUGGUGGUGUUCGUCAUGCUGCUGCCCACCAAAAACCUCUUUUACAGCCUCUUCAACGGGGUGCUGUUCAACGGCCUCGCUUUCCUCGCCUUGGCCUCUCACGCCAAGGCCAUGUGCACAGACCCAGGAGCUGUGCCUAAAGGGAAUGCUACCAAAGAAUUCAUUGAAAGCCUGCAGCUCAAACCCGGACAGGUGGUGUACAAAUGUCCAAAGUGCUGCAGCAUCAAGCCUGACAGAGCUCACCACUGCAGUGUGUGUAAACGCUGCAUCAAGAAGAUGGACCACCACUGUCCCUGGGUGAACAACUGUGUGGGAGAGAGCAACCAGAAAUACUUUGUGCUGUUCACGAUGUAUAUUGCUCUUAUAUCCCUCCAUUCACUCCUCAUGGUGGCUUUCCAUUUUGUUUUCUGCUUCGAGGAAGACUGGACAAAGUGCAGUAACUUCUCCCCACCAGCCACCGUCAUCCUCCUCAUCCUGCUCUGCUUCGAGGGUCUCCUCUUUCUAAUCUUCACUGCAGUCAUGUUUGGGACCCAGGUCCACUCCAUCUGCUCCGACGAGACGGGUAUCGAACAACUAAAAAAGGAGGAGCGUCGUUGGGCCAAAAGGUCUAAAUGGAUGAAUAUGAAGGUGGUGUUCGGCCAUCCGUUCUCUAUAGCCUGGCUGAGCCCUUUUGCGACACCCGACCACGGCAAGGCGGACUUGUACCAGUACAUCGUGUGAAAGCUGGAAAGGGAGCUGAGCUCUGCUGCUGUGGACUUCAACUUGGUCUGCUGGACCUCAAUGAGCAUGAACUCCUUUUGAUCACUUCUACAUAUUAUUUCCUUUAUGAAUAAUUCAUUUAUUGAUACUUCAGGGUGUUUUUCUGUAAGCUAUCACAUUGUACAAAUAUGAUGUUUAAAAAAAAAAAAAAAAAAAAUUCUCUCCUUCUUUCCAUUAUAUAUUUUUGUGACAUCUUGAGGCUGACUGAAAUGAAUGAGGUGUAGCUGUACAGAAAAAGUGCUACAAGGAGAAAAAACCUCAAACUAAGCAGCAGCAACUUGACGAGAAGCACUUGAUAAACGUCUGAGGAACAACACCAACAGACUGGUUUCUGCCUUCUUUUUUUUUUUUUUUUUUGGAGGAAUAUUUCCUGCAGUUUUGUCUGAUCAUUUCCCGGCUUCCAAAACGAUACAAUGUGAACUCAGAACUGAAGUCCUGAAUGUUUCCGCUCCAGCAGCACCGCCCAGGUGCCAAGAAUGGACUCUGGAGUAAUACGUCUUCCUGUUAACUUUAUCACAGGACAACCUGUCCAAUCCUUCAUUUGCUGUCUUUCUGUUGCUGCGUUAGUCUUUCACUGAGCGCUGCAGAUGCUUUGCCUUAGAGAACAGUGCAUUAAUGAUUAUAAAAGACACUUGUAUUAUUUUGCCUUACUGUGGCUGUCAGGGUGAUACAGCAUCACUUUGGUUAAAUACCAUUUUUAAAUAAGUGUGUUGUUUGAUGCCACAACACUGUGAAGGACAUUCAGAGGUUGUAGGACACAGAGUAGUGGGUGGUUGAGGUUUAAAUCUUAAAGAUUUCAGCGAUUUGACAAUUUUUGUUCUAUGUUUUUUAGGACCAGUAUCAGUCUGAUGAUCAGCUGAUGGCACUAACUCUUCAGUCGGAUGCGGCAGUUGAAGAAAAUGUGCACAUAAACAGAUGAAUGGAAACUGAUGUAGUGUAGCCGAUAUCAAAAAGACGAAGAGGUUACAUCUGAAUCUAUCUGUGCUGAUCUCAGAUUCACACACGAGCAGAGAGGGUUUUUUUUUUUUAAGAGCUCUCCUGUUUUAGAAAGCACAGCUCUUAGUACACGAUGUAAUUGACUAACAUUACCAAACGUUGAUGCACCAUGUAGCUAAUUAACAUCAAGCCUCGUUCUCAUGUGACUCAGGUGCUGAAAAACAGAUCACAUGUGGAAACAGAUGAAAUCUCUGUGGUUGUGUUUUUUUGGGUUAUUUAAUGAAACAAUCUGCUGAUGAAGUGAAACAAAGAGGAGGAGAGCAGUGUGUGUGUGGACAGGAAGUCAUUUAACCCGGUGCAGUUUAGAAGUUUAUUAACAGUGUUUUGUUUUUUAAAUAUGAAAAUAAUUUUCAAUUAAUUAAUUGAAUUUUCAGUAAGGAGAAGUUACAAAAAAUGUGAUAUUGGUGUUAAUUGUUCUCUAAAGAAAGAAAAUCAGAAUCGGCAGCUGGCUUUGAGGAAACCUAAAUCGACCGCAUAAAUUGUAAUUGGUUCAUCUCUUGAUUUUAACGUAAUAUUCAGACACUUUGCAGGUAAUUUACGUUUUUUUGGGGGGGCGUAUACAUUAUUAAAAGUGACACGUGAGGGUUUGUUUUUUAUCGAUGCGUGAGUCUGAUGAUCGUCCUCCUUUUGAUUCUUCGACAUCUGUGUGCAAAAAAUCUAGCCAGCAUCCUCGCUUGAAACUCUUUCUAUCACAGUCACCAGCUGAUUUGAAGUCAGGGAAUAAAGCAAUAACGUUGCUCUCUGAAUGCACUGAACCUAAGUGUAAGUUUUCUUGUUGUAUUUGGCUGUGGAUAAUCCCGAUUUUUUAAUAGUCUGUUGUUGAGAGUGGGAAAAGCCUUACAGGGAUAAAGGAUCAAAUUCUGAUUGGAGUUGUGGAAGGAGUUGACCGGGGCCUCAAAGAGCAUGGUUUAAAUGUUCAUAUUGUGGUCAUCUAUGGGCAGUACAAGGCAAUGCAGAGUGUUUGUUACAGAUAGGAAAUAUUUCACUUCCAAGCAUUUACCACUAAAAAUGCCUUUGCCAAAUCUGUGUUUGAAAGCCUUAUUUUAAUUAUUGUGCUUUUAAAGAUGAUGAAAGGAAAUUGAUAAAUGUGUUGCCUAAUUGAGCACUUAAUAGCGGGAUUAGAGUAACUAUGGUCCAGACUGACUUUUUCUUUGGCUUUUAAAAAAAACACUAGUUUAAAAAAACACAUACAGCACAGCAGCUGUCUUUAUCUGUUGAAUUGUUUCCUUUAUUCUUUGUGGCCUGGUACAAUUUACUGUGGAUCACAUGACGUGUAUUUUCUUUAUCACUGUGGUAUUUGUUUAAAGGGGAAUGAAAUAAAACGUUAUAUAUAUAUAUGUGAC